CCCAACCCAUUGGCAUCAGUCGUCGUACCAUUGUCAUUCCCAACGAUCGUUCUCGAGUACGAGACGCGCAACAGCCUUUUCUUCAGGGUGUAUACCACGAGCCGACGUUUUCUCCGCUAGAAUCAUGAAGCUGUACGUGUUGUGCGCCAUAUUAGCCCUGGCGGCCGCCCAGCCGGCGAAGAACGACCUUUGGAAGGGUAGCAGCAUGGACCAAAUGGUGGACCAGACGAAAAUCGAGUGUUCUCAGAAGAACGACGAAGUGUCCUGCAUGAAGUUCAAGGUUCUGAAUCUACUCGACCAGAUCUUCCGCAAAGACAGCUUUAAGGUCUCAGAAACGGUGGAAGUAACUCGCAACUCGUACCCUGUCGAAGAGGUGACCGGUCGUAGCGAAGCUUCCUUACUGGACAACGUUCAGACCUAUCUGUCCUCUCACGACGUGACCUUCAAGCUGCCGAUGGACUCCACCGUGAAGGUGAGCGCCAGGAACAUCGACGACGAUCAGCUCACCUUCGACGUGAAGUUCGGCCAGGGUCGUGCCGUCGAAGAGGCUCGCAAAUCGAAGCUGAAGAAAGUCGUCAUCCCGAUCCUGGUGUUCGUCCUCCUCAAGGCUAUGACUCUGAUACCCUUAGCCAUCGGUGUCCUCGGUUUGAAAGCCUGGAACGCUCUGCAACUGUCGUUCUUCAGCUUCAUCGUCUCCGUCGGAAUGGCGAUCUUCCAGUUGUGCAAGAAAAUAGCUGCCGACGGACACGGCGCCCCUCUUGCCGCCCAUGGACCAUGGGAGUAUCAGGCUCAGUACAGGUCCUUCCAGGACGAGGCUCAACCAUCUCAAUAUUCCGCUCAGGAACUCGCGUAUGCCGGACACGCGCAGUCGUAAAGCGUUCGUUCGUGCGUCUCGUUCGCGACUUUUGUAAAAUACCUGUCUUCCUUCUCUCCUCUGUACGCUUUAUUUAAUAAAUUAUUCUUGCAACACAUA